AUGAGCUCGCAGCAAUCCGGUCCCCGUCACCAUCGCAGCUCUACCAACGACAUCGACCCCCUGUCUGCGGCACAAAUCUACUAUGGCGACUCUCACAAGAAGAAGGCCAAGACGCGCACCUACUCGGGUGUCUUCGAGACUGGAAGGCACAAUCUGAAUGCCGCCGUGGCCGCUGGCUUGAAGCAGCCGGGCCGCAGGUCCAGCCACGAUGAGCAUGCUUCUCAACCUCGCAAGUUCCUUAUUCCUGUCGAGGAAACGUUGAAGACCCUGCUCGAGCGCGAGGACACCGAUCAGAACUACCAGAUUACCAUUGAGGAUGCGGGCCCGAAGGUGCUUUCGGUCGGCACCGCUGCUUCCAAUGGACUCAAUCGUUUUGACGUCCGUGGGACCUACAUGCUCGCCAACCUCCUGCAGGAGCUCACGCUCGCAAAAGACUACGGUCGCAAGACGAUUGUCCUCGACGAGGCCCGUCUCAACGAGAACCCCGUCAGCCGCCUUUCACGUCUGAUCAGAGAUACCUUCUGGAACAACCUCACUCGCCGAACCGACUCCUCCAACAUCUCCCGCAUUGCCCGCGAUCCCAAGGAUUGGACAGACAAUCCGCACCCGAGGAUUUAUGUUCCACGUGGUGCUCCGGAGCAGUACGAGUACUAUCUCAAGCAUGCAAAGGAGCACCCGGAUGAGAAACUGGAGGUCAUCUACCUGGCCGAAGACUGUGCAAACGAUGAUUACGUGCGGGAUCUGAACGAUGCCCCCGGCCUCCUUGCCCUGGAUAUGGAGGAAUACACCAACGACCAGGGCGAGAAGGAUUUUCGCGGCAAGCCUUUCGUUGUUCCAGGUGGUAGGUUCAACGAGCUCUACGGCUGGGACAGCUACAUGGAGUCGCUUGGCUUGCUAGUGAACGACCGCGUUGAUUUGGUGAAGGCCAUGGUCGAGAAUUUCUGCUUCUGCAUCAAGCACUACGGCAAGAUCCUCAACGGAAACCGGACGUACUAUCUUGGCCGCUCACAGCCGCCGUUCCUCACGGACAUGUGUCUCCGUGUCUACGAUCGUAUCAAGCACGAGCCUGGAGCCCAUGACUUCUUGAAAGCCUCAAUCAUGGCGGCGAUCAAGGAGUACUACAGUGUGUGGACAGCAGUUCCGCGCUAUGACCCAGAGACCGGGUUGUCGAGAUACCACCCCGCUGGUGUCGGUGUGCCUCCGGAGACUGAAGCCAGCCAUUUCGUUCACAUUCUGGAGCCGUAUGCGGAGAAGCACAACAUGACCUUCGAAGAAUUUGUUCAGGCCUACAAUCAUCGCAAGGUCGUCGAGCCUGAACUUGACGUGUACUUCAUGCACGAUCGUGCAGUCCGCGAAUCUGGUCACGACACAUCCUACCGCCUGGAACGCGUUGCAGGUGAUCUCGCCACUGUCGACUUGAACUCGCUGCUCUACAAAUACGAGACGGAUAUCGCUCGCACGAUCCGCGCUCAUUUUGGUGAUCGUCUUGCUAUUCCUGCUGAAUUCUGCGUUGCGGGGCAGGAACCGGGUCAUGUCGAAAGUUCGGCUGCCUGGGACCGCCGCGCAAAGAAGAGAAAGGCUGCUAUGGAGAAGCUGAUGUGGAAUGAAGAAGAAGGAAUGUUCUUCGACUACAACACGGUUGAUAAGAAGCAGACUGGUUAUGAGAGUGCGACUACGUUUUGGCCAAUGUGGGCUGGUGUUGCCACUCCUCGCCAGGCAGCCGCGCUGGUGACCAAGGCUCUCCCGAAGCUGGAAGAAUUCGGUGGUCUCGUCUCAGGUACUGAGAAGUCCCGUGGCGAAGUUGGUCUCGAGCGCCCCAAUCGUCAGUGGGACUAUCCGUUUGGGUGGGCCCCGCAGCAGAUGCUUGCAUGGGUGGGGCUCCAACGUUUCGGCUACGAGAUUGAGGCUCAGCGCCUUGCGUACAAGUGGUGUUACAUGGUCACCAAGGCUUUCGUCGAUUUCAACGGUGUCGUCGUGGAGAAGUACGAUGUCACCAGGCCCAUUGACCCGCAUAGGGUUGAGGCAGAGUACGGCAACCAAGGCAGCGACUUCAAGGGCGUUCCUCGUGAAGGCUUUGGUUGGGUUAACGCCAGCUACGUGUAUGGCUUGCAAAUGCUGAAUGCCCAUAUGAGGCGCGCAUUGGGGGCUCUGACGCCGUGGGACACGUUCACCAAGGCCACUGAGGCUCUUGGCUACUAG